CCUGGCGUUUGGCCGCAAAACCAGAGAACAAAUCCCCAAAACGCCCAGAAACGAAGAAACCAAAGAGCCAAAAGCCGAAAGAAACGUUUAUGCUUCUCGAAUGAAAACAACAUAUGGUUGCCCAGAAAUCUGCUGAAUUUUCAUGAGAUAUUAAAAAACCAAAUGAUUUAAAACUCGUCUAAAAGAAUAUUGAAAAAAAUUGAUUUUCUUUAAUAACAAAAAAAAAAAGUGUUAUGGAUUGUUUAACCCUAAAAGACUUUUGUGUUUUUAAAACAUUACAUUCCGUAUAAAGUGAACAACUAUGAAGUGAAUUCAAAAGUGAUUUUAACCAAAAUCCAAGGAUCAAUUUGUUGAUGUUCGUCUGAGUUCAACCUGCGAAAUGCCGUCGGAAAGUGGUUUGCAACAUCCGGAUGCCAUAAUGCUCUACUCCAAGUUCUUGUCAACUGCAUUGACGGUGACCACAGGCAACAGCUCCUCGGAUGGCACACUACUACUGAUUCAAACCACGGCAACUCCAAGUGGAGAAAUACCACCAACUGGAGGAUCCACAACACUCAAAGUGGGUGUGCCAUCGAUGAAUUCCUACCUGGUUAGCAUGGCUUGGCCAAAAUCGCUGGCGGUGGCCGUCUUCCUGAUCCUCAUCCUGGUCACCGUAGUGGGUAAUACACUCGUCAUCCUGGCUGUCCUGACCACGCGACGCCUUCGCACGGUGACCAAUUGCUUCGUGAUGAACUUGGCCAUCACCGAUUGGCUGGUCGGCACCUGUGUGAUGCCCCCCUCGGUGGUUCUCUACAUAACAGGCACUUGGCGCUUCGGCUGGAUACUGUGCGACAUUUGGAUCUCGCUGGACAUCCUCCUGUGCACCGGCUCCAUCCUCAGUCUGUGCGCCAUCAGUCUGGACAGGUAUCUCGCCGUAACACAACCCUUGACGUACUCCAAGAAGCGGCGUUCCAAGCGACUGGCCCUCCUCAUGAUUCUCGUCGUGUGGAUAACGGCCCUGUCAAUCACAUGUCCGCCCUACUUGGGCUGGUACGAGGCGGGCAGGCACCAGGCGGAGUUCGUCGACUGCCGCUACAACCAAAACAAGGGCUACGUCGUCUUCUCGGCCAUGGGAUCCUUCUUCAUUCCGCUCACCGUGAUGCUCUACGUCUACGUGAAGAUUGGUUAUGUGCUCACGUCACGGCGACAGCGUAUUGUUCGCGACGCGAACUCGGAGCGCACGGCGGACUACGACGUGGACGGGGACAACUUUAUCUCCGAGUCGGAGCACUACCACUGCACGCCAACCAAGUGGCUGCCGAACAGGAAGUCCCGCUGGAGGUUCAGUUCGCUGCACGACACCACCAACACCACCAACAACACCACCAACACCACCUCUGCGAAUUUGGCGAAGGGACAGCAGUCGUCGGUGAAGUGCGCCAAGUGCUCCACUUCGACUGGCACUCCGGGAACUGGAAGUGGACUGCCACUGGCGGACAAAGCGGACAAAACGCUGACGUUCAAGCAUCAGCCAACUUUUUACGAGCUGGUCGAGGUGUCGCGUCUCUCGUCGCUGAUUCACUGCUCGGCAAUUAGCUGCAAGUACGGCGGACCCUGCAUCCACUCCACGCCAUCCGGAUUGCAUUACGUGGGCACGGAGACCUCCUUUUCGGACACCUGCCUGAGUUCCACUUCGCCGGGCUUGGAGGUUACCGAGAAAUUGGAACCCGAAUCCAUGGCGAAAUCCCAACAAAAGCAACAGCAGCAGCAGCAGCAGAAUCAGAUUCACAACCACACCCAUCAUCAUCAUCAUCAGCAGCAUGGUAAUCAUCAGGGAUCGCAGAACCAUCACCACAACCACCAUCAUCGAAUGCCAAUGCGAGUUUCGACCACGAAACGUGAUAGCAAGACCGCCAAGACACUGACCAUCGUGAUGGGCGGCCUAAUUGCUUGCUGGCUGCCCUUCUUCGUUUACUACCUGCUAAUACCCUUCCUGCCGCGACCCGCCGUCCUCGAGGACCUCAUGUUCGGCUUCACCUGGAUUGGCUGGGUCAACUGUGCCAUCAACCCGUUCAUCUACGCCUUCUACAAUCCCGACUUUCGCACUGCCUUCUGGCGGCUCACCUGUCGUCCCAUUUGCAAGCAGAAGCGCCCUCCCAACCACUUGGCCAUGUUCCGUGGCUAGUUUCCAAGUUUCCGGCCUAAUGGAGCACUUAGAAGUGUCCAAGUCGCAGUCGCAUUCACUGGUUGCACAAUCGAAACUCAGUUUUUGGAGGGGGGAGUGUGGUCCUAACUACAGGAACUACCUCAGGCAUAUCCCUUUGCCUCUGCUGCUUUCGAAAACUUUAAAGUUAUGUACCAAAAAAAAGGAAGGAUAGUUAGUGGCAAAUGCAAAUGUGAAAGGUUUUUGGCCUAACUUUUUGGCAUCCCAGAAAAAGGACAAUGAAAUGCACAUUUUACUACAAGUGAAAUAAGAUGAAUUUGAUUUCAUUUCUUUUUAAAAAGUAUUCCUAAAGAAUAGUCAUAAAUUUAAGCAUAAACUAAAUUAUUAAACGAAAGGAAUUUCGCUUAGAAUAAAAAGUAUUUUAUAUAAAAUCUUAUUUAAAAUUAAUUGAUCGAAAAGAGAAAUUCCAUUUUACAAUCUAGUUACAUUGACAAUGAAGUUGUACUUCAUUAGCAUGUUUUCUGUUUAGCACAAAUUAAAUUGCACAAAAAUGCCUAUAAGGUCAAAUCUAUUUUUUCCACAAAAAGCAGCUAGCAAAGCGCUCUGGAUAAACUUUAACUAAAAGCCAUUAAAUGAAAUCAAAUGUUUAUAGCAUAGACGUGUUAAUUUGUUUGUCUGUCUGCCCGAAAAUGAAAUUAUUAUUUGGGCACACAAGUUCAAUGCUCAGGCCUUUUAGCAAAGUCGUGGCAUUUGCCUCAUGAGCCGAGUUUCCCCAUUAGUAUUCAUUUUGCAAAGAUCCAAGCUUUCAGUUACACUAUCUAUCCCCAGGCAAACGCAGAAACUAAAACUAAGAUACUUUGGGUAAAUAUUGGUUCAAAGACGAUUGCCUUGUUAAGCCAGAAAGUUGCCAGCAAAAAGAAAAAUCCUUUGAGGCUUCGAAAUCCCACUUUUCGAACAGUGGCUUUAAGGCCACUUCAAGGCGGUAUCUUUAAGAGCCAGUGGACCUGGCCGGAAGUCGGGUUUCUUUCCUAGACCAGAUCCCAAAUUGCUAUAUAGUAUUUUCGUUUGUGUGCGUGAGCGUUGAUUGUGCCGAGGAACGAGAAACGAAACGAAACAAAAGACAAAUUAUAGUAUUUGCGAGUCUUUGUUGCCUGACGGCGACUGUUGACCGUCAGGAUGAGCAGGAUGAUGAUGAUGGUGAUGAGCACGAGGACGUAGAUGUGGACAAGGACGAGGACGAGGAGGAGUCUACUGUUUCCUCAUCUUCAUCCACACUCCGAAUUCUUUGUUGUGUGCGUCUAUUUUUGUGUGUGUUUGCAGUGGCAGUAGCUUUAGCUUUAGCUUUAGCUUUAGUUGUAGUUGUAGUUGUAGUUUUAGCUGCCAACGACAUAUAUCCUGGCUGCGUCCUUUGUUGGCCAAGUCCGGUCAAGCCGGGAAGCCGGGCCUAACCCCGCAGGCACGGUACACAGUUGUCCGGCCAACCCAUUUAAUGUUUAAGCAAUCGCACGGCUCGGCACACGGCACUCAACGCUCGCCGCUCGAAAGCGAAAGUGAAUGCGAAACUGUAACUAAAACUGGGCCGGAUUUCAAGCUGCACUUGAGCCUCCUGGCAUUUUUAAUGACCUCUCGACCCAAGCCCCUUUGUCACACACACACACCCAUACUGUGACACACACACACACUGGCACUAGCACUAAACUCAUUAAGCAUUUUAGCCAAACUAAUUUGUAUAGUUGUAUUAUACUGGUAACCAACUAUGUAUGUAUGUUUGUACUUUAUAAAUGUUCACUUGGAAUGGAUCUCUGCAAGGACCAAUCGGCCAGCCGACAAGAGUCCUAGAAAUAAACUUUAAGUCAUA